UAUGGCAUCGAAAUUUCCGCUCGCACGUCUCAUUCCGACUAGGCCUUAAACGAACCUAUUCAUCACCCAAUGGCGGCCAAUCACGGCUCCUUCAACGGUGGUAUGAUCCCAGCUAGCCAUGAAUGAGGAGGGAUCGAUCGGGUGGGAGGAAGAGAAGAGAGAGUAGAGGUGGAGGAGGUGGAAACAUGUCUGCCAUAGUGUGCGGCAAGAGAUCCUCCAUUUUCGAAGACAGUUUGAAUCUACCAGCCAAUCCACCCGUCUCCAAGAGAGUCCGCUUCUCCUCUUCCUCUCCCUUACGUUUCUCCCCGUCCAGGUCCAGCCACUCUUCCUUUCCUUCUUCUUCCUUCAAUAACUCGCCACCGCACUUUAUCGAACACCUUCGGGCCGCUUUUCCUCACAUGGAUCAGAAGCUUCUCGAGAGAGCACUUGAAGAAUGCGGUGAUGAUUUGGAUUCAGCUAUCAGAAGUUUGAACGAGCUUCGUUUAGGAUCUAGUGGUAAUAACUUGGGCUCUGCUGCAGUCAAGUGUGAUGUAACACUGGAAGCCAAUGUUCAAUCACAAGUGCAAUGUUUUGUUUCAGGUGAAGUGACAACUGAUGGACAUGUUGCCGCCGAUGAGAAGAUAUCAGCUCUGCAGAACCCUAUCAUGGAUGGCACUGACUGGGUGGAGCUAUUUGUUAGAGAAAUGAUGAGUGCCUCCAAUGUAGAUGAUGCUAGAGCUCGUACUUCUAGAGUGCUUGAGGUUUUAGAGGGAUCCAUUCAUGCAGGUGCAAGUGCAGAGGCAGUCCAAAGCCUUCACCAGGAAAAUAAGAUGUUGAAAGAACAAGCAGAAGCACUUAUUCAGGAAAAUACAAUUCUCAAGCGAGCAGUGUCUAUUCAACAUGACCGUCAGAAAGAGUGCGAAGAAAGGAACGAAGAGCUACAACAUCUGAAGCAACUGGUGUCCCAGUACCAAGAGCAAUUGAGAACACUAGAGGUAAACAACUAUGCAUUGACUAUGCACCUGAAGCAGGCUCAGCAAAGCAACUCCAUCCCGGGUCAUUUCCACCCUGAUGUGUUCUAGUGAACCUUGUAUACGUUAAUUUGACAUUGUUGAUGGUUGAUACCUGAGCGUGCCUUCACUGCUAAAAAGGUUCUACGAAUUAUUUGUAGGCAGUUCAAAAGGUGUUCUGCUGUGCUGAUUGGGUCUUGGCUGCGCAGAAGUUUCCUAUUUUAUAUGGAAAUGGAAGAAAGUUAUUGAUGAAAGAAAUCUAGUUACAUCCGAAUACAUUGUUAAGGAUGACUCAUCUUUUCCAGUUGUUUCCUUGAAUUUUGCCAUAUGCUAAACUCCUUACCUAGGGUCCAUGCAUUCUCGAGAUUAGUUAAGAUGCUGUUUCUGAACACCCGAUGCUAAUAAAAAAAAAAAAAUUGUCAUGUACUA